ACCAAACACUGUGAUGUGAAAAAUUACUAAGUUUUUCAUGCCCAUUAUUAUUUUACGAAUAGGUUUCCGUUCGGGCUGAUCUAAAACUCAAACACUUAUUGUUUUCAAAAGGAAAAAUAUUCGUGGUAUAAUUUGUUCACACAUUCAUUCCCAGACCCCUUCGCUGGACACGGGAAGGGGACGGGACAGGACGGGACGGGAGAAACCGGUAAAAAUGGCGCUGUUUUUGAGCCGUUGCUGCGCGUGGAAUAGACAAAGCGCGUUCGCGAACGGCGCGUUGAUGAGCGGUCUGUUCAACGGUCGCCGGGACCGCGAGAUCCCUUCGGCCAGCCUUCUGGCUCGCAGCGUCUGCCACCAGCAUAGUCUGUUGAAGGACCAGCAUUUACAUAGAAGAAUGUGUUUAAACACUACAGCUUACAAGAAGCCAAAUUUCUUUUGGAGAAGUCCAUCCAGAUUUAUGUACACGACUAGAACUAAAUGCUGCCGCAACCAGGUGCACAGUGACAAACUACAUAAAAGCCCCUAUGCAUUGGUUCAGAAUGACCUGAAGAAUCUAUAUGAUGAAAUCAGGCAGCUAUUAGCAGUUUCUUCAGACCUGAAGGCAAUUUGCGAUUAUUACUUUGAUGGAAAAGGGAAGGCUUUUCGGCCAAUGAUUGUGAUAUUAAUGGCAAAAGCGUGCAAUAUCCACCAUGGCAAGAACAUGGAGUUGUUGAGUAGCCAGCAUUCAAUAGGCAUGAUUGUCGAGAUGAUCCACACUGCUAGCCUAGUGCAUGAUGACGUUAUUGAUGGGUCAGAUACUCGACGGGGUAAAAUUACUGUAAAUAAAAUCUGGGGAGAAAGAAAGGCUAUUUUGGCUGGAGACUUUGUUCUCUCUGCAGCCUCCGUGGCCCUUGCUCGUCUUGGUAACAACACUGUAGUAUCUGUUUUUACUCAAGCAAUUGAAGACUUGGUGCGAGGGGAAUUUAUGCAGCUGGGUUCCAAAGAAAAUGAGAAUGAAAGAUUUGGGCAUUACCUUGAGAAAACAUUCAAGAAGACUGCAAGCCUCAUAGCAAACAGUUGUAAAGCAGUUUCCAUUCUUGGUAAUUGUGGUCCAGACGUCCAGGAAAUUGCAUACCAAUAUGGAAGAAAUAUCGGGAUAGCUUUUCAGUUGGUAGAUGAUGUGUUGGACUUCACCUCCUGUGCUAAUCAGUUAGGAAAACCUGCUGCUGCUGACCUUAAGCUUGGAUUGGCAACAGGCCCGGUGUUGUUUGCUUGCCAAAAGUUUCCUCAAUUACAUACCCUAAUAAUGAGACGCUUCAAUGUGGAUGGUGAUGUAGAUCAAGCAUGGCAAUACGUACAACAGAGUGAUGGUGUUCAGCAAACAUGUUAUCUUGCUCAUCAAUAUUGUCAAGAAGCUAUUCGACAAAUUUCUCUACUGCGUCCUUCACCAGAAAGAGAUGCCUUGAUUCAACUUGCAGAAAUUGUACUAACACGGAACAAGUGAGAGUCAUGUUCACUCCUUUUCAGACUGAAAACAUGUUCAACCUGCAUCAAGAAUUCCAAGUUAUCCAGGAAAUCAGUGGGAAUUGUUUACAUUUUGGACUAACCAUGUACAUAAAGCCUAUUGGGGCCUUUGUCUUUAAUGAUUGACCCAUACUUUGGCCUUGUGACCACUAUAAACUCCAUUUGCAAAAAAAAAACUUGAUUAGUGCCCAUGUGAAAAUUUUAUAUAUUGAAUGAUUUAUUAUAAAAGGCUGUACAUACAAUUGUAACAGGUUAUAUACAAAUUAAAGGAAUGCAUUUUCAGUUUUAAAGGUUGAAGAGAAUGAAUGAAUGUUAAAGCUUCUUAGAAUCAUAAGGCAGAAGUUAAUAAGAAAACCUCAGAUUACAAUGUUUGGCCCCCACAAUGUCCAAUCAAGAGUGGACAUUUUAUUAAAGCAAAUAAAUUUAACUAACUUUAUUUGUACAUAAAACUUUGCUAAAUGAGACUAGAGCACUGCUGCCAGAAUAAGAUUAGAAAACUGUGCAAGAAAUUUUAGCACUUCAAAACAAGAAAGGGACAGCUGCUCUAUUGCCAUCCUUAUCCCCUUUAGUAACAGGGCAUAAUGUGCCCUUUUUCCCCACUUUUGAUAGCAAAUUUACAAAAGAUUCUUGGUUUCUUAUUAGCUUCAACACUUGAAGCAUGAAAAGUUGCAAACAAUUAAACAAAACAUAGGAGAAACACAGCUGAACACUGAUUUUUAUGAUUAGGGCCAAAAACUAGCUUUAAAUGCAUUUAAAGAAUUUAGUAAUAACCUCUUGAAACAAAUUAUACUUUUGUCUUCCAAAGCAAAUAGCAAAGCAUAGUUGAUCCGACCCGAGGCACAUGUGUUGGAAGUAAAUCUGUCCUAGAAACUGACUUAGUACAGUAGAAUUGCCUGUAUCUAGCUUAGAACAUAGUUAAUAGAUGUUAAAUGAUUAACAUUCUAAAAGGUUAGUAAAUGGAGUAAAAAUUUACCAGGACUACACAAAGCUGAUUGAUCCAGACAAUUUCCACUGUACAAAUGAACUGACAACAAACUCCACUUUGGUUCACUGACUACAGAUGAUUUUCCCCCAUUAUGUAAUUUUUAAAUCCAUAUCAAAAUGUUUAACCUGUUGAGUACAAAUCAAUAACAUGUACUUUGAUUAGAAGACACCCAAGCCUCAUCCACAAAUGUUUUUAUAGACUCGUGACAGUUCAUAAUUACAAUCAGAGUGCUCACAGAUUAACUGAAAAAUUACAACAUAUUGGAAGCAUUUUAGGUUAAAAUGAAUUGGCUACAAUACAGAAGUUUGUGUACUUUUAUGCAUGCUAUCAACAAGAACUAGUAGUAUUUUAGGAAUGACCAAAACAUCUUAAGAAAAUUUGACCAGCAUUUGCAUUUUCACCUUAUUGUCCCAGUUUGAACAUUGUUGAAUUUUCAGUCUAAUUCAGUGUCAGUUUCUACAUUAAAAACUGAAAAGUAAUGGCACCCUUGGAAAAACCCUUUAAAUCCUCCCCAAAUCAAUCCACCCCCAAAAUUCUUGAACUGGCCAAUGAUUAAAGAAAGCUUGAAAAUGCCACUUUUGCUUCAAUCUGUAUAGUGCAUGAUAGGUUCCACAUAAUUUCCAGGAAACAGACCAGUAAUUCCAUUGAUGACCCCUUCAUACCAGCCAUCAUCAUUCUUCUUUAUCACAUAAAUGAUUGAACCCUCCAUGAAGGACAACUCAUCAUCUUUAUCCUUUGAAUAGUCAUAUAUUGCCACAACUGUUGAAGAAAGCACAGGAAGAAUAAAAAACUAAUACACAACCUUACAACACAAAUCUUAAAAACA